AUGAGUUCAAAAUUCGCAAAUCGAAGGAGACCACGCAAAGUUGGAGGAGAUGACUCUGAGGAAGAGGACGUUGCAGCCGCGCCUGAACCCGUCGUUAAGCGGCCGGUCAAAUCAAGGACCAAAUCAAAGUUAAAUCUCUCUUUCGGAGCGGAUGAAAUCACUACCGCCGAGCAUGAGAGGCCAGAGGGAGAUGGGCUUGCUCACAGAAAGCUUGGACUUGGUCGCAAACCACCGACCGUUGGAAGUGAUGUCCUGGCUGCGCGAGUUGGACGUGACCAGGAUCGGCCAAGCUACAGCACCGAAUAUCUGAAGGAGCUUCAAAGUUCAACCCCAUCGACACCCAAACCCGCCACUGACAAUGGAGAUGAGAAAACAAUCGAUGUAGCGGCCAAGUUCGGCGAGGUCAUGGUUGUCUCGGGCCAGUCGGCAAUUCCCACCGAGGCCGAGAUUCGGGAGAAAAAGGCCAGGCGUGCCCGUCUGGCACUGGAGCAAGGUGUUCACGCUGAUGACUUUAUCGCGCUCGAAGACAAUUAUGGAAGUGACGAGGAUUGGGAUGCGAUAGCAAGGGGUGAGAAGGAGCCCCAGAAAGAGAGAGACACACGGUUGGUCCGCGAUGACGAGGACUUCGCUGAAGGAUUUGAUGAGUACGUGGAAGAUGGGAAAAUUUCCCUUGGGCGAAAGGCGGAACGCGAGCAACAGCGUAUGCAGCGUGAAGCGAUGCGUGAGCUUAUAGAGGAUGCCGAGGCGCUGUCGGAUGAUGAGGAUUCGGAUCUGGAAGAGAAAGCUGCAUACGAGGCUCACCAAACGAAAGCUGCAAUCGGCAAUACUCGAGGUGGUGGAACUGACAGACCCCAAACGCCUCCGAAGGUGACUUCAUUGCCCAAACUGGCUACGGGUCUGGAAAGACUGCGAACUACCCUCGCCUCGAUGGAAACAGCAAAGACUCAAAUGAUCAGCCGAAUGGAAGAUCUGCGCAAAGAGAAGGAAGAAAUUGCCACACGGGAGAUCGAGAUCCAAGCGUUGAUCAAAGAGGCAGGCGACAACUACGAACGUCUCAAAAAGGAAGCAGGGCUCAAUCCAGCCAUUGACUCUUCGGAAGGAGCAAUGGUGAAGCGUGGAUUGGAAAAUUUCGGUGCAUCCAUGGCAAAUCCUGAUUCAAACUUGAGCUCUCCAGAGCACCGAUAA